GGUCGUUCUUGUUCUUGUUGUUAUAUUAUCGGUGUCAAAUAAGUUCUUGUGCAUUUCUAGUGGAUAUUCAAAGUUUUUGCUUAAUUGACUAUUGCUCAGAAAUGUCAUAGUAAAUACCCACUUCUGAGUUUAGUGAUCCAAGGAAUCCUAGCAUUUCUCACAGCGUCGCCAAUUGAAACCAGCCUUCCAUUGCCAGUUUCAUCUUGUUUUAGUGUUUGCUUUUUGACUGAGGGUGCGGUACGUGAUGCCGUCCGCACACCUGACACUGCGCGAGGAGGACGUGGUGAAGCUGUGUCUGGAGUUCCUGCACAACCGGGACCUCCACAUCUCGCAGCUGUCCCUGGAGCGGGAGACGGGCGUUAUCAAUGGCGCCUUCUCCGACGACGUGUUGUUCUUGCGGCAGCUGGUGUUGGACGGACAGUGGGACGAUGUGCUGGAGUUCAUACAGCCGCUGGAAGCCAUUCCUGCCUUUGACAUGAAAAGGUUUCGUUUCCUCGUGCUGCGACACAAGUACGUGGAACUGCUGUGUAUCAAGACUGAAGCGAGUUGUAGCGGCAACACGGUGGACAGUGCGGUCGAGGAGGUGGUCAAAGUCCUCAACGAGCUGGAGAGGGUCGCUCCCACCAAGGAAGACUACUCGAACCUCUGUCUUCUGCUGACCCUCCCCAGACUCACGGACCACCUACACUACAAGGACUGGAACCCCAGCAACGCGAGAGUCAAGUGUUUCCGCGACGUGUUCCCUCUAGUCGAAAAGUUCCUCCCCGGCGAGAAAAAGUCCGAACGCGGCUCCUCAUUGUGCACGACCGCCAAAAACGACCGUCUAGUCCAACUCGUCAUCAAAGGAAUCCUCUACGAAUCGUGCGUUUCCUACUGUCAAGCCAAAGCCACCGGUUCGAAAGAAUCACAAAAUCACGAAAUGAACUUCUCUAGACUGUUAGACGGCUCGGUUGGAUUCAGUGAUUCUGAUCUCAGCUUGUUAUCUUGGCUACAGAGCAUUCCCCAUGACACAUUUUCUGUACCUUUCGAACAACGAACGCUGAACGUAGACGUGGAGAGGUUGGAGCGGCCCUCGUUGGAGACGUCGUGGACGGAACACAUGCUGGUUACUCCGAUCAAACCCAAGACCUUCCCACACUCUGCGAUGCCAUUCACAAGGCCCAGGUCUGCGGCGGACAUCAUGUCUCGGUCUUUACUCCCUACUCUGGAAGGCAGCCCCUCAGUCAACCGGAUGAACAAGGCUGCGUUGAUGGCUCUCUCUACCGGUGACAUCCUUCAAGACUCUCCCAUGUCGAGGUCUUCCUUCGCAAGUUUUCACCUGACUGGUCACAAGAACAACAAACUGAUGAACACGUCGGUUGAUCGUUUGUUCGACAACGACGGUGAGGUGUUUCUCAGUAGUAGUUACACGGAGUUUCAACUACCUUCUAUUUCCGAGCAGCACAGCACGCCCGUCGCGGCCACGGGCACCACCAGGUCGAGAAGAGAUCGCUCAGGAUCUCCUGCGGACAAGAGAGCCCAAGGCGGAGUACCCUCGAACGCGUCGACCCCCGAACACCGGUCAUCCGCGUCCACCUCCACGACGGCUCGAUCUUCGCGUAGGGACUCUCUCAGUGAUAAACCGAUCUCGACAUGUACCACGCUUAUCGCGGGUGAUAGUUUCGACGGCGACCUUCUCAAGGAGUACCAGAAAUACAAGCAGAGGUUCAACGACGGCAGUCUUAGCAGAGAAGAUGUGAAGCAUGUAGACAACAGGCUGCAGGAAGAAAGCAUGAGGCCGCCUCAGAACGGCAACGGUGUACCAGUAAGGCCGGCGGCCAACGCUAGGCCUAUGACCAACGGAGAUGCCCACUACGAUACAGUCAAGGGAGUCCCGUCAUCAGUAGACCAACAGAACGGCAGUGGUCGACCGAGGUUUGUAGCUGUCACUUCUCUAGAGGAUGUCCAGGCUGUUCGCUGUGCAGAGUUCCACCCUAGCGGCACCCUCUACGCCGUCGGGUCAAACUCUAAAACCCUCCGGAUAUGCGCAUACCCCAAGCUCUCAGAUCUCAGGGAGGACCACACCACCUACCAGCCGACUGUGUUGUUCAAGAGGACGAGACACCACAAAGGCUCCAUCUACUGCAUGGCCUGGACCCCCGUGGGAGACCUGAUGGCUACCGGCAGCAACGACAAGACUGUCAAACUGAUGAAGUUCAACCCAGAGACUUCAAACUUGGAAGGUCAAGAGAUAGAGUUGACGAUGCACGACGGCACCGUAAGAGACGUGUGUUUCCUAGAGGACACCAGCAACAAGUCUAGUCUACUGAUCAGUGGAGGUGCCGGAGACUGUAAGAUCUACAUCACAGACUGCGCGACUGGUCAGCCGUACCAGGCUCUUAGCGGACACUCUGGCCAUGUGUUGACGCUGUACAACUGGGGAGGUGCUAUGUUUGUCAGUGGCUCGCAGGAUCGCACAGUCAGAUUCUGGGAUCUCCGGACUCGAGGCUGCGUCAAUGUCAUCACUCCCGCCACCUCUCCCUCGUCAAGGGUAAGUGAUCAAGGGUCACCCGUUGCAGCUGUUUGUGUUGAACCGAGUGGUCGUCUGCUAGUGUCAGGCCAUGAAGACUCCAGCUGUGUUCUGUACGAUGUGCGAGGCGGUAGAACACUCCAGUGUUUCAAGCCUCACACAUCCGAUGUGCGUUCCAUACGGUUCUCACCCAGUGCGUACUACUUGUUGACGGCCGGAUACGACAACAAGCUGGUCCUCACUGACCUGCAAGGUGAUCUGACGACAGCUCUGCCGAGCGUGGUCGUAGCCCAGCACCAAGACAAGGUCAUCUCCGGACGCUGGCAUCCGACAGAGUUCUCCUUCCUCAGCACCUCGGCAGACAAGACGGCAACACUCUGGGCCUUGCCUCCCGUCUAGACCGAUAUUUUAUCCUAUUUUAAUAUCAUUAACAACUUACCAAUUUGUUGUAACUGUAUAUUUACCUCCGUUCUUAUAACCAGUUUAUGUAGUUAAACAAGUUAUUUAUCAAAACUUUAUACAGUUUGUUGAAAAUGUUAAUAUUGUUAAUUUUUUGUUAGGUUGUAAUAUUCUUUACGGAACUGCUAGCACGUAUUGUUCCGUUUGUAUAAUUGGUUACGAGGUUUUUGUACAGUGACACAUGUGAUAGGCUUUGGUAGAACACCUCCUAACGAUUUGUAACAUUUGUGUAAUAUACCGGUUAUUAGGCUUGCUGUAUAAACGCUUUCAUCAGUCGCGAUACAGUUUGUAUAAGAGACAGAACUAAACCAAAGUGUUUUUAUAUAAGUCUGAAAUCUGUUUGAGGGAACCAAAAAAUUGGUCUAUUUUUAUAGAUUAACUCUGCGUCUGUAUUUUCUAUACUUGUAAAUACUGUUAUUUAUGUUUGAAUUCUUGCAAAACGGGGUAUUUUUAAAAUUCCUCAAAGACAAUGUUAUUCUUUUAUGAUUUGCAAUAUUUUAUAAUGUUUAAGAAAGUUUUUUUUGUUAUUUUUCUAUAUUUUAUAUCAUCAUUUUCUGGUAAUUUUCCUUUUAUCCUUGUAAAUCUAUGAUUUCAAUAAAAAAGUAGCUUAUUUGAACUCCGAGUUUUGGUUUUUUUUUAUUGGAUAAGCAGACACAAUCACCCAUUUUGUAACCUGACAAUUUAGUAUUAUUGUUGAGAGUUAACAUUGAGUAGGCUAUGUAACUUUAACAGAUUUAUUUCACGUAAUGCAAACAAAAAUACAAAAGAUUAACCUAUAAAAACAGUAACAGCAUCCUUAAGAUCAACUAUUAGCAAAAUCCUUAAUGUUUAAAGUUGAAACUAAAAAGACCUUCCAUGACUAGAGCAAUAGAAGUUUUUUACUCACGUAGAUAUAUUACCAUAAAGAUGUAAAUCUCUAUUUGUAUCUUCGGUAUAGAUGGACUUAGGCGGGGUCUUUUAUCAUAAUAGUUGAUCCGUCUAACUAAACCAUCUAUUUACAAUAUUUCAAGAACGUAACUUCCCGCACAAAGCAGCUCCGUUACCAAAGAUUAAGGUAAAUUCUUGGUAGGAUUUGGGACCACUCUAAAGUCAAUAUUCAAUGUUUUUAUUUACUUGUAUUGGUUGAAUAAUUGAGUGAAAUCAUUGAAAUUUUGAAAAUAUUAUAUAAUUAACAUCUAUACUUUUGAAGGUAUAGGAUCUGUUUAUUGUUUGUAACCUAGUUAACUAGUUAACUUGUAUACUUUGAGUCAAAAGAGUUUUCAUCGACAGGUUGUUGUGUAUUUUAACUUUUUCUGGUAGUUUAGUUUGAGGUUAUGAUUAUCAAAACAAUGACAGGUUGUGUAACUUUCUAAAUAGCUUUGUAAGGCUGACGUGAUGUAGAAUAGGUUUCGCCUUUUGAUACGCAAUAUAUAAAUGCAAUGUUGGAAUUGGUUUUAGUUCUGUAUUGCAGUGGUUCACAGUUUUGCAAAAUGUGCAUUGUUUUAUAUCUAAUGAAAUAUGUAGGCAUAGUAUAUUGUUGUUAACUGAAUAACUUUAUCGGUGUCAUAAAUUGUUUGAAUUGUAACAAUUCCUUAACCCUUAAGUAACAAGUAGUCUAGCGAGUAUUAGAUUAACUUCAUUUUCUUGUUUCAUUAUUCUUUUAAUCAUGCAAAUGUGAGUUUUGGUUAGUGAAUACAUAGAUUUUUCCAAUUAAAAUGUUUUAUUGUCUAACAUCAUUUAACCUUUGUUAAAAGUUAUUCUGUGCGUUAAUUAAUAUUUAUAUAAAUGUUUAAGCUAACUAUUGAUAUUUGUUGUGACAUUUAUUUUGGACUUAGGUUAUAAAUCAGAUGAAAUUCCAAACAAUUAGAAUUUGCUUAAUACUCGCCUAUGUUUCAUAGAAUAUUACUCAUUGCUUUAGGAUGUAAUUGAUAUUAAAUUAAGUUUCAAAUCUACUUUUUUCCCAGAAUCACCGCCAAUGAUAUUGUCCUUAGUUAUAAUCUUUGACAUAUUUAAUGCUUUAAUUUCCAACAUUUCACGUACCUGAGGGCGUUUUUAGGAGCUCUGUGUGCUUUGCUACAAAAUCAAUUUAUAAACUAAACUAUUUUUAUGCACAUUGUUGUAAACCUUUUUUUAUUACUAUAAUCUCAAAUCUUGCUUAUACUCAAUGUUUAUUGUUUUGUAUUAGCAUAUUGAUAUUAAUGUUAAAUGAUUAAAUAUAAUACAUAA